ACGAUUCAAAGGUGUGAACCCAUCGCUCCUGACUGAGGGAUUGCGAUUUCCAAUGAGCGUCCUACAAAUUUCGUGGAUUAGUCGGCUUUCGUACCGUGAACAUAUCAGUUGAGUCAGUAGCUUAAGUAAUCCCGAUUUCAUGCUCAGCUUCGUGAAUCGCUGAAAUUAUGUUAAACAAUUUUCUGUUUGUUUACACCAUACGGCUCGAUCUGCUCGUUUAAUGUACGCCGGUUGGAAGAGAACUGAUUCCGGAGGAUACGAGUGUUUUUUUGAAUAUCCGAAACCGAACAUAAUGUCCUGCGUGGAAAUAGUAGCGACUGUUGGAUCAGUAAUACUCAUGAUCGUUACCUUACCAUUUUCCCUGUUUUGGUGUUUUAAAGUGGUUCAAGAGUAUGAGAGAGCAGUGAUAUUUCGAUUAGGCAGAUUACGUUCCGGAGGUGCCAGAGGGCCAGGGAUUUUCUUCGUUUUGCCAUGUCUGGAUAGCUACUGCAAAGUUGACCUACGAACGAUAUCGUUUGAUGUACCUCCACAGGAGGCUCUCACGAAAGAUUCAGUAACGGUGACAGUAGAUGCUGCGGUUUACUACAGAAUCCAGGAUCCUUUGAAUGCUGUGGUGAAAGUUUCAAAUUACAGUAACUCCACCAGACUACUAGCUAUGACUACAUUGAGAAAUAUCUUAGGAACCCGCAGUCUCGCUGAGAUCUUGUCUGAUAGAGAGGCGAUAUCGCAUGCCAUGCAAACAUCAUUAGAUAUUGCAACAGAUCCAUGGGGAGUGAAAGUUGAGAGAGUAGAAAUAAAAGACGUUAGCCUUCCACAACAACUUCAAAGAGCAAUGGCAGCAGAAGCCGAGGCUUCAAGGGAAGCGAGAGCAAAAGUAAUUGCCGCUGAAGGGGAAAUGAAAGCUUCAAGAGCACUCAAGGAAGCAUCCGACGUUAUAAACGAAAGUCCAGUAGCAUUACAGUUGAGAUACCUACAAACUCUGAACAAUAUAUCAGCUGAGAAAAAUUCCACCAUUAUAUUUCCACUACCGAUAGACCUGAUCAGCUACUGGGUGGACGUGAAUAGGCCUCAACGGAACGAUAACAACCGAGAUACGUCUUGAUGGAGUGAUGAUGAGUUCUAAUGAUCACAAGAGACUAGAUGUUGGAUGCGAUUAUGUGAAAAAUUUGAGAUUGUAAACUUUCGAUUCGGAAAUUGGUUUCAACAAGUUUUAUUAAAUUGUCCUUUUUAAUAAAAUGAAAACAAUGUUUGAGAA